GAGACGGGGUUUCACCGUGUUAGCCAGGAUGGUCUUGAUCUUCUGACCUCGUGAUCCGCCCGUCUUGGCCUCCCAAAGUACUGGGAUUACAGGCUUGAGCCACUGCGCCCGGCCAAGCCAAGGUUUUUAAGUAACAUAUUUCAGUAUUGGCUCUACAGCUUUGCAGGUUGGUCACAUAGGCAUUAGCCGGGUCUGAAAUGUUAGUAAGCAUUUUAUUAUUCCAGCAGAGAUUCACAUGAAUUAUUUAUGUAUCAGAAGGCAUGACAACUGAAGUGCGCUUGCUGGGCAAAAAAUUACCAUUGCAGUAAAUUCUCAUGCUCCCAGGCUAAAUGGAUUAUCAGCCAGGGAGCUGAGAAGAAAUCCCGUGUUCCCUUUGAACCAAAUAACUCGCUGCUGGUCACUGUAGCCUUAGUUUUGUUGUCUACUGCAAAAUGGUGCAUCCAAAUCCCCAUUUUCUCUUGUACUUUUUAAAAGGUCUGUAUCUUUUAAUGAUGCGUAGUAAAAAAUUUCCACAUGAAUGAUGCGAUAUCUAGAAUUUGUUUCAGAAUUAUCUGGGGGCAGCUUAUUCUGGCCACAUGUGCAUGGUGGUUCUAGUUGAGCCAGAACAUGAAUGAUUGGAUGCCCAUCGCCAAGGAGUAUGAUCCACUCAAAGCGGGCAGCAUCGAUGGCACCGAUGAAGACCCACAUGACCGUGCGGUCUGGAGGGCAAUGCUGGCACGAUAUGUCCCCAACAAAGGUGUCAUAGGAGAUCCCCUCCUCACCCUGUUUGUGGCCAGACUAAACUUGCAGACCAAGGAGGACAAAUUAAAGGAAGUCUUUUCCCGCUAUGGUGACAUCCGGCGGCUUCGGCUGGUCAGGGAUUUGGUCACAGGCUUUUCAAAGGGCUACGCCUUCAUCGAAUACAAGGAGGAGCGUGCUGUGAUCAAAGCUUACCGAGAUGCUGACGGCCUGGUUAUUGACCAGCAUGAGAUAUUUGUGGACUAUGAGCUGGAAAGGACUCUCAAAGGGUGGAUCCCUCGGCGACUUGGAGGCGGUCUGGGGGGAAAAAAGGAAUCUGGACAACUGAGAUUUGGGGGACGGGACCGGCCUUUUCGAAAACCUAUUAACUUGCCAGUUGUUAAAAACGACCUCUAUAGAGAGGCAAAACGGGAAAGGCGGGAGCGAUCUCGAUCCCGAGAAAGACACUGGGACUCGAGGACAAGGGAUCGAGACCAUGACAGGGGCCGGGAGAAGAGAUGGCAAGAAAGAGAGCCCACGAGGUUGUGGCCUGACAAUGACUGGGAGAGAGAGAGGGACUUCAGAGAUGACAGGGUCAAAGGGAGGGAGAAGAAGGAAAGAGGCAAGUAGAGGCCCAACAGCAGACCCCAAAGUGAAGAUACACUGGAAACGAGUAGAGGGGGAUUGUCUUUCAACGCAGCUCGAGUCUAAUGGUUGAAUAAAACUUCCUGAUGAUCA